AUGCACAAAUUACGUCGCUUAAGGAGGCGCGUGGCUCAAGCUGACAUUCACAGCGAGGAUGAGGAUGAAAUCGAGACAGCUCGAGAAGAAGUAGAUCUGAGCGAUCUAACGGGCUCCGAUGCAAGUUGCGAAGAUUCGGAUAUCGAAAGUGAAAAUUCCCAUAGCGAUGACGAAGAAGUUAUGAAAGAACAAACGAAUUAUUCGACCGAGGUUUUGGAUUCCACCGAGGGGACAAACCCUGCUGUUACUGAAGAAACAAGAUCUCUAGUUGAAAAAACAAGCACCUUGAUCAAAGACAUAGAUUUAAAUUCCACCGAAACCAAGGAAACACGCAUUUCCUCUGAUCAUUCCAAAGCCUCGGAUAAAGAAAAUGACAUCAAUUCAACCAAGGAAUCCAUCCUUAACGAUAGUCGUUCUCCAGAGGAAUUGGUCGAAAAUCGUUCUGAAGAGAAUGAGAAACAUGAUAUUCCUAAAGAAACUUCCAAAGUUCCGGCGGAUGGGCAAAAAAAAUUGUCGGCAAGACAGGAGUAUCGCAAGAAACUUGCCGAAGAUCCAGCCUUCGUGCCUCAUCUAGGGGAGUUUUGGGGCCACGAUGAUCGUUUCACAAAAGACGAACUGAAAAAUGAUUUUGAUCCACGCCCACGGAAUCUACCUUUUGGUCCAAAGGGUAGAGCCGUGUGGGCAAAUUCACCGCCAAAAGGACGUUGGGGUCACGAUGGUUUCGAGGAACUGAUGCGACUUGACGAAGAAGAAAAUCACCGUAAGGAAUUCCCACGAAGAGUUGUUCAAAACCGAUCAUCAAAAUUUUAUAAUGAGAGACAAAAGUCUUAUAGGGAACAAUCGAUGGAAUUUGCGUCAAAGAAGUCAUUUGUUACCAAGUUUCAUGAUAAGAAUAAUGGGGAGGAUGGAGGGAGGCCACGUGACACCGGACCAUCAACUCCGGAGAGUAAAGUGCAAAGCGAGGAAAAUACCUCACGCCAAAGGUCACAUAGAGGCAUAAAUAGUAUUCGUGGUAGGGGUUACAGUAGGAAUCACCUGCGACCGCACGUAAAUCGCGUUCGUACGACUCAUCAUAGUCGAGGUCAAAAAGCAGGUGAUGUUAAAGUCAAUAAUGUCGAGGAGGAUAAUAGGAAUCUAGGAGAUGUUGAUCAUCACAAAGUUAUCGAGGUUGAAAACGAGCCUGAACAUGAUGAAACCCGAGAGGCUGAUACAGUCAACGAGAACAAUAUUACGCCAAAUGAUGUAGGGCUUGAAGAGGCGACGCCGAAAAUUGACAUAACAGGUGAGACAGAUGUAAAAGAUGUCAGAUCAGAAAACGGGGUGGAAUUGGGACUUUCAAUAAAUGAACAUGAGGGAGUAACUGAGGAUUCCGAUGAAGAAUCUGAAGUUGAGAUAAUUUUAGAUCCUCCAAGUAACAAUGCAAUUGGGAAACAAGAAACCACAAAUGAAAAACAUGAAAGUCGUUCCGAGUCAUCGGAAAAAAGAUCGACAGACCAACAGGAGAAAGAGCGUUCUCAACCGACAACAUCUUCUAAACGCUAUUCGACGAGAAGGGUUGCUGCAACCACGGCGCAAAAUGCCCAAUCAUCUGAGACGGAAGUCAAUGAUGGAUCGUCAAAAGCUACCACCACCAAAGGAAGUGAAAUCCCAUUAUCAGCGGUGUAUGCACCCCCCUUCAAACCAAAAUCUGUGACGUUGAUAGAAGAAAAUGUCGUGGGGGAGGAGGCCAGCGACGAUAAUCUUCCCUCCUUACAAGUACCGGAGACACCUAUCGGAUAUUAUACUCAGGCUAGAGCACCGCCAAUGUUUACGCUAAGGAAUUAUCCAGCGGAGACCCCGCCACCUCAUAUUCCAUUUGCGGCGGAAAGUAAUGGCAUGUUAUGGGAGUGA